AUCUUCGUAUAUAAGUGCGACUAUUGCUUCUCAGCAUCAGUUUUUGUUACGCAGCGGAGUCUUACACUUCUCAAAGUAAAGAUGAAAACAACGUAUUUGAUUCUUUUUAUGCUUGUAGUAUCGUCGGUUUAUGCCCGAAAUAAAUGUUCAAGAGUCAGUGACUGUUUGCAAUAUUGUCGUGGGCCUGGCGAAGUAGGCAAUCGAGUAAAGGACGCAUCUUGCAUUAAUAACUACUGCGUAUGCGGUAAACCCGUUGAGAUUUGUUUUAGUGGCGCCGACUGCUUUUCUUAUUGUGGCGUCAAUCCGGAUCCCGAUGUACCUCGCGAUAAAGAUGUCAUGUGCUCUGAAAACGGAAUUUGUGAAUGUAGACCGAUACAUUAGGUACCAUGUAUUGAUAAAUAUAUAUCGUCAUGUGUGAAAGUGUCAAUUUUUGAAUGAGAUAACCUCAUCCGAAUCACGAUGACAAUAAUAACACAAGAUUAUUCGUUACAAACACUUCAAUGAUUUAUUUACCAUCAGCAUAUUCAUUCAACCAUCUAUCUAACAUAUACUCAUCGUUUAAUCGCAACACCUCUAGCUCGCUUUUGACCGCGUUUAUGAAUAAAUCACGAUUGCAGACACACUUUCAGCAGCGUUUUGCUUAUGCAGCGGCUGUAAUUCUCGCAGCGAAGAAAGCAAGGUAGGAUAUGAAUACUGGCUAAUGAAAUUUCUGCAUAAUUCAUUUCUGAUCUGGCCCGCAAAGCGUGUUGUCCCUCUGAAAACAGAGCGCGCGAUAGCGUGUUGGGCGCAUUGCACCGAAACGCGCAAGCAAAACUUUGGCAAAAUUCAAUUAACCCGGCUAAAUCGACACUUCCAUUUAAGUUGAGCUAUGCCGCCUCGAAUUUGCAUGUAUUUUGAUAUUUAAAUGGAAGGUCGUUCGGAUUAUGCUUUCGGUCUAUCUCCGCCUCGCUCUCGUCGCUCUCGUCGAUCUCGACACUGCAACCCGUGGAUCUUGGGUCUACACGAGCUCAAAAGACGUGUACGUUUCACGUGUAUGCGUGUAUGCCGACGAGGUGACGGAGAUUCAAAAUGAUAUCGUUAUAUUUGGAGAGGAGGCGAAGGUAGAGAGGCAGCUGUAGCGUAAAAUAUUAAUGGCUUAUAGAGUGUAUAGCGAUAUAUGGCAUAUGUCGAAAUGCGUCAUGGAGAUUUUGUUGCACUUUGUAGUAGAUAUAAAUUGGAAGCGUGUGCAUACGAUAUUACUUAUUUUGCCAGGAAAAUGAAAUAAUAAAAAUUGAAAAUUUUUUAUUUCGAAGCUCCUUUGAUCAUCGUACUGUAUUAUGUAUAUAGCAGCUACAUGCGUUGACUCGUGGAAGUUAAAAGUACAUCGACACCGCGGAUACGUAGGAAGUGUAAGUUGCUCGGCGUAGAAGAGUAAACGUGUUGGACAAUGAACCAAGAUAGAAGCGACCAGAUUGGGCUUUCUUUUUCUUCUAUUGGAUAUAGGUAGCAGUAUGCUCGAUUUGGACUGCUGGAGCAAAAACUAAGUUGAGCAGACUCUCUAAGGUACGGCCUACAUACAAAUAUACAGAAAUCUGUAUUGCAUUUAACGUUCAUCGGCAAACAAUAUAUUGGAAAUAAGCUUUUUUCUAGUGCGAUAGUCUGAUGUAACGUAUAAAAACGAUUAAAGGGUAUAAAUCAUAUCAUCAACUAUGAUUAAUUAACAGCUAGCAUUCAAAAUUCGUUGCAAAGUACACCUUGAAAUUCCGUCCAAUCUGGAAUAAGAAAUUACAUAAUAUAUUCAGUGGGGCAUUUGCACAGUAAACCCCUCGUUAUUCAGUAAGUGCGCGCAAGUACGUAAGUAGCUUAUAGCAGUAUAGUCUAUGCAGGGACAGGGGCAACAUUCUUCGGAGAAAGGUCUUUGCCGCGGAUCUGCAAUUAAGCGCGUCCAUCAGCGGACCUGUACACCUACUGCCAGUUUUAGAGGUGGAAGCCAAUCGAUAGCGAUCGACUGGCUUGUGUCUAUAAAAGUGCGCUAGGCUCGUCGAUCUAGUCACAUAGCGGUUUAGACGAUCCGUGGCCUCGGGUCGCGAGGCCGUUUUUAUUGAAAAGUUAUUCUCAUUUGUGUGGUGUGUGUGUGUGUGUGUGUGUGUGUAUAAUAAUAACGAAGUGAAAGGAAAACGCGGCGAAUGAAGAUCUCGGUGAUUUUCAUCGCAGUGGUCGUGGCGGCGGAGGCCUCACGACCUCCACGAGCCUUUGACUCUCAGUAUCGGGAGUUUCCACCUUACAUCGAGACCCCGACACCUCCGUCACGGCCGUCGUUUCUGCGCUCGUUCUCGAGACACGAGUCGUCGUCACCAACGUUCUAUAGUCGGCCACAAUCUUUUAGCGACAAAGAAUCAGACAUUUUCAGCGAAGGGCCACCAUUACGGCCACCGUAUCGCGAGGGUCGCAUCUUCCUCGCUGACUCGCCCUUUUCCUCCUCAUAUUUUCUAUCGAGCAGGCCAGAGUCGUUCCACUGGGAAGGGCCGACUGACUUCCGAGAGGGCCAGGUCAUUACGUACGAGUACAAAGGUCCCCCACCACCGCUUCCAACUAAAGAUUCGCGGAAGCAAGCGAAACAACCCAGUGGCGAUCCUAAUAGCGAUCAUCGAGCAACAAAGCCCAAAGAGGAUCAAAAUAACCAGCAGCAAGAACAUAGGACAAUGACGGAAACGAGACAGCCGCUCUCUUUUGGUGGACAUUCUAGCCAUCUCAGUUUUGGGAACCACGGGCUGGGCUUCGCCUCGGUAGCAGGCGUCACGUCCGCGGAUAUUAAUCCGCUGGCCGUCGCGCAGCUUACGGCCGCGACAAAAGCAGCAGCGGCAACGGCGCUGAGAACUUCGGCGUCGACGGUAUCGAUGCAGUCCUCUUCGACAUCGGGAAUAGAGGUCUCGCGGCAGCAUCCCUCCACCAAUCCCACGAGCUCCGAACCGCCUACGUCAGCAGCUGCGACGUCGCCCUCACUGAAAAUUGCCGGCGCUGCGUCGAGCCAAGCAGCGCAGAGCACGUUCAACGAAGUGGCCUCGACGACUCCAACGAUGACGACGUUCAAGAACCCAUCGGCUACGCCCAAUUUCAAUUUUGACUCGUCGCAGAUUACGGGGCAUCAGAUAAAUGGUGCCACGGUAAAAUAUUACGUGUCUCCGAAAACUGUAUACGAUCUUAGGGCGAUAGCGCAAGAAUUACCAGCACCGGCGCACGGCUUGUUACCGAUCGAAUCCGGAAAGCAGCAGCUGCAGCUGUCGGACAUCAAGCAGAAUCUGUUCUUCUACGAUACGAGAAACAGUCAGCCUUUGUCCAACGAACAGCUGCAGCAGAUCCAGCAACAGUUGAAUGGCCAGAACAGCAAUAGUAAUGUAUCCCCGGUUAGAUUCAGUAUCCCGACCUCGCUAAUUCCAACGAAUCCACCUGGAACCGGUCAAAUGAAACUCACGUACUCCCCUGUAGAUUUUGCGCGUUCGCCGUUGUCGCUUCCAGCAGUUCCCAAUGCUUAUACUUCUGGUCAAAAUCACAUAGAUAUGACGCAACUGAAAUUGAAUCCAGCCGGUACCAGUGGUCCUAGUAAUCCGUCGUAUUACUUUAUACAACCCCAAGAACAAGCCAAGCCUGCUGCACAAAUCGGCUCCGCCAUACCUUUAGGAUCGUUCUAUUUGUUACCAAAUAAUCUGCAGGCUAAACAACCGAUCCAGCAAGCUAUGCAAGUCAAUCCGGGCAUUUCUCCAGGAUUGCAGCUGCAAUUAAGUGGUUUUCGAGGAAUAGAAUACCUCAUGGCGCCGAGCAAUCCAGAGCAAAUGAGGCCUGCAGGCAUUGACGCUGGAAAAGGCAUAGCUCUGCAGGAACAGUAUCGACCAGCUGAGACUAUGUUAACGAAAAUCGGAUUUGGCCAGAAUAUCUGGUAACAAAACAACUGAUGCGGAGGAUGUGCUGCUAGCGAGUCGUUCGUCAUAAGUGAAGCACAAGAAUUAGACGAAAACGAGAAGCGAGGGCUGGAGUCAUCGACGUUUAUCGAUUAUAACGAAGCCAGUAUAGACGCGUUGAAGCGUUUUGAAGCUCAAGCUAAAGCUACCGUGUACUUGAUCGCGUGAGGAUCGUCGUACGAACUAUCGGCGUGACUUACUUUGUAUAACUUUGCAAGACUGUUGAAACCCAUUGUUACGCAUACAAUUUGUUUACAUCGUAUGUUGUUUGUUAAAUAUUUUUAUUAAAGAGGAUUAUUAACUGCU